AUUAAAAAAGCGCAAGCCACGGGUGCUGCUUUAUAAAAUCCUCGUUAAAGCUCUUCUCUUCUUUGAUCGAAGCCCAUUCCAAAUUCCGAAGGUCGUCUUCCAGCCUCUCGAUUCUCAUCCUCUCUCGUGCAAUGGAUCCUUACAGGAAUCGCCCUUCAAGUGGUUUCAACACCCCCUUCUGGACUACGAAUUCUGGUGCUCCAGUGUGGAACAAUAACUCGUCGUUGACUGUUGGAUCCAGGGGUCCUAUUCUCCUUGAGGAUUAUCAUCUGGUGGAGAAACUUGCUAAUUUUGAUAGGGAGAGGAUUCCAGAGCGUGUUGUCCAUGCUAGAGGAGCUAGUGCAAAAGGGUUUUUUGAGGUCACUCAUGAUAUCGCCCACCUUACAUGUGCCGACUUCCUUCGAGCCCCUGGAGUUCAGACUCCAGUUAUUGUGCGGUUCUCCACUGUUAUCCAUGAGCGCGGCAGCCCUGAAACACUGAGAGAUCCUCGAGGUUUUGCUGUGAAGUUUUACACCAGGGAGGGUAAUUUUGAUCUUGUGGGCAACAACUUCCCUGUAUUUUUCAUCCGUGAUGGUAUGAAAUUUCCUGACAUGGUACAUGCUCUCAAACCAAAUCCCAAGUCCCACAUCCAGGAGAAUUGGAGGGUUCUCGACUUCUUUUCUCACCAUCCAGAAAGCCUGCACAUGUUUACAUUUCUAUUUGAUGAUAUCGGUAUCCCACAAGAUUACAGGCACAUGGAUGGUUCAGGUGUUAACACUUACACUCUGAUUAACAAGGCAGGCAAAGCACACUAUGUGAAAUUCCACUGGAAACCUACCUGUGGAGUCAAAUCUCUGCUGGAGGAAGAGGCUAUCCGAGUUGGAGGAAGUAAUCAUAGCCAUGCUACUCAGGACCUUUAUGAUUCAAUUGCAGCUGGCAACUACCCUGAGUGGAAGCUUUUCAUUCAGAUUAUCGACCCCGAUCACGAAGAUAUGCACGACUUUGACCCUCUAGAUGUAACCAAGACCUGGCCUGAGGAUAUCUUGCCCCUGCAGCCAGUUGGUCGCUUGGUUUUGAAUAAGAACAUCGAUAACUUCUUCGCAGAGAAUGAACAACUUGCCUUUUGUCCUGCCAUUAUAGUUCCUGGAGUCUACUAUUCAGAUGACAAAUUGCUUCAGACCAGGAUCUUCUCCUAUGCUGAUACUCAGAGGCACCGACUUGGACCAAACUAUCUGCAACUCCCUGCUAAUGCACCCAAGUGUGCUCACCACAACAACCACCAUGAGGGUUUCAUGAACUUUAUGCACCGAGAUGAGGAGGUCAACUACUUCCCGUCAAGGUUUGAUCCUGCUCGUCAUGCUGAGAGGUACCCUCAUCCACCUGCUGUCUGCACUGGAAAGCGUGAGAGGUGCAUAAUUGACAAGGAGAAUAACUUCAAGCAGCCUGGAGAGAGAUACAGAUCUUGGGCACCAGACAGGNAAGAACGCUUUAUCCGCAGAUGGGUUAAUGCUUUGUCCGAUGCCCGUGUCACCCACGAGAUCCGCAGCAUCUGGAUUUCAUACUGGUCUCAGGCGGACAGGUCUGUUGGUCAGAAGCUAGCAUCUCAUCUCAACAUGAGGCCAAGCAUUUGAGUUGUGAGUGUUGUUCUCUGGUCAGAGAGAUGGUAAAUUAUAUACAGAAAGGGGAAAGCCAUUUGAGAUGAUCAAUCAUGCUGUUGUUAUAUAUCAUGUUUUGAUAUUUGCAUGUCUCUCAUGUGACUGUUUGACUUAAAUAUGUCAAUCUAAUAAAGCUAUUGUUAUUGUUGGUUCUA